GGACCUAUCGGGUCUACCAGCUUACUGUGCCACCAUCAACCAGAGCGUCGCCACCAUGAGUUUCUUCAACAACUUCAUCCAGAACGUCAGCAACACGGUCAGCAACCUGAAUCUGAGUCCGAAGCGGUUCCCGUUCGGCGCUCGCCAGGAGAGCGCGGCCGGUCUGCAGAGGACCGAGAGUGCCGGAGGGGCGGCGGCGGCGGCGGCAGCGCGGGGACGGGGAAGUCCCCUGCAGGGAGCGGCCGCCGCGCCACCAGUGGGUUCCGUGGGCAGGACGGCCAGCCUGCCGGCCCCCUGCGGACCCGGCACACCCAAGUCGCCCCGCUCCAGUCAGAAGAAGAGACGUGCCAAGCUACUGCUGGCUACCUCGACGCAGAAGAGGGAUAUUCUGUACGAGACCAGCAACUCAGGAGUUCAGGAGACGGACGGCUCGUUUUUCGAGGCGUUUGCGUCGUUGCCAUGGCGACAGGAGAACCGCCGAAUGCAGAGUCUGAAGGAAGAGGAGGAGCAGAAGGACCGUCCGCCGCCCAGCGAGGCAACCGCCGGCCUCCAGCCCAAGAGGGUCGUGGUCAGCCAGCAGGAGCGUGAGAACCUGUACGUGGAGGUGCUGUACACGGUGAAGCACAAGGUGGGGGCGACCACGUCCGAGCACUCGUCGCUGGUGGACGAGCUCAACGACUACACGCAGGAGGCGUUCCACUUCUCCCGGGACGAGCACCAGAGGAUGAUGACCAUCGCCAGUGAUGAGAAGCCGCCCAUCGUCAUCCUGAACCUGGUAGUGGUUGAGGCCAGCGGUCUCGAGGCCAAGGAUGCUGACG